AUGGAGGAUAUUAAUGAAGUACAAAAUAACAGAUUAGUUAAAUUUCAUGAUAAUUUAUUAUUAAAACAUAAUGACAUGCACCAUCAGGUGACUGAAUUACAAUACGCAUUAAAAUUGAUUGAUGGUGAAAAACGCAUGUUCAAUGAUACCACGAAUCGGCAUCUUAAAAAUCUACACAGGCGGAUUCGAUAUUUGAGAAAUAUUAACCAAGAGUUACGAAAAAGAUUAGCUAAUCAGUCACAACACGAUGGAUUUCUUGUGAAUGAAAUAUUUCAGAACAAAAGCUUAGAAAUACCACCAAACAAAAAGUUGACCUUAAACGAUGCUGUGGAAGCAUUGGAUGAUCGUGUACUUUGUACAGUGAAGAAGCUGAACCUUUUAAAAUAUCAGUCAAGAUAUAAAGCUGAAAAACUUAAAAAUGUAGAAAAUGAAUUGAAAUUACUGCAAGAUGGAGAAAUUCACAUGAAUCAUGAACUUCGACAUGGUAAUAAAUCACUUGCUCAAGUGAUAAGAAUAAUUGAAAAUAAAAUUGAAAAAGUAUCGAUGAAGCAUGAAGAAAUACAAACUAUUGGUGAUACAUAUGCUGAAAUUAGAAAUAAAUUAAUCCAGGAAGCACCCACCUACUUUCAUAGCGUGGAUAAAUUAGAGCUUGAAAUUCAAGCAAACUAUACAAAAUUGGCAGAACUUAAAAGACUUUAUAAAAAAGCAGUGACUACACGAGAUGCUGUUUAUUCUGAAUUGGAUCGUCAGAGUCAACUGAUCAAUGCAAAAGAGGAUUUGUUGAAGACUGAAUUGAUCAACUUGAUAAAAACUGUUGAAAAUAGAAGGAGUAAACCAAUUGUAGUGAAAAGUCCAAUGUUCACUGAGAUGAAUGAAGUGGAUGAGAUCUUAGUAGUAGAAGGAGAAGAAGACGAUGACGACGAUAAAUCAGAAAAAGGAAAAACAUCACUGAGGAAGAUUAAAAAACAAGACGAGUUAGAACAACGUUUAGCCUUCUAUGAAUUAUUAUUUAACCAAAUAAAAUCAAUCACUGGAAUUGACAAUUUAAAAAUGAGUUUAUUAGAAAAAAAGUUAUCCAAUGAAAACGAGUUGAGACAGCUACAAAGGAAGCAUUUGCGCUUAAAGAAGAAAUAUACUGAACUGAUGAUGAAUUAUAGCAGGGAAGCAUACCACAACAUGAGUUUACAGAAUCAACUUAAUUUAAUGAAAGAAAGUCAUUCACUCAAGACAAAACAACUCAAUGAAGAAAUUCAAAAUCUACAAAUGUUGCAGUUAACAUUACGUUUCAGCAUUCAUCAAUUAUAUUACAAAAUGUUGUUGAUAGUAAACAAUCGGGAAGAAAAAUAUAAAAUCGAUUUAGAAUCUAACCCUGUUGAUAUCUUGAAGAAGUGUUUAGAUAUGCAUGCUGAAUUAAAAAAGGCGGUUGAGAAUAUUGAUCAAGUAAAAGAUGGGAGAAUUCACAGUGUUAAAAAUGAAGUGAUCAAGACCAGAGAUGAGAUUAGGAAUCUGCUAUACAAUAGAAUAUCGGCAAACACUGUACAAGUGAACACUAUGCAACUGGAUGACUUUAAACAAGCAGAAAAUGAGAAACACCAAGAAGAUUCAAAUGCUCCAACUCGUGAAGAAUUAAAACGCGAAUCUUAUCUAAUUAUUCAUCGACAAAUUAAACAAACAAAUUAG